AUGUCGACCAAGAUUGAGGCUCUCGCUACUGUUUCUGACCAUGUCGAAAAGGCAGCGGUCAUUGAUCCAGUCGGAGUUCAAAAAGCUAUUGACGCCCAAGACCUCACCCCCAAGCAACAAUACCAACGCCUCUGGACGAACCUCAAGAAGGACAAACGCUAUGUCCUUUGGUCCCUCUACAUCAUGUCCCUUGUCUUUGGAUGGGGGUAUGAUCAAGGUCUCUCAGGUGUAGCGAUCGCCUUCCCCGAGUUUCGCAAGGUCUAUGGCGAAUACUACGAGGUCGGUGACCAAUACGUCAUCCCAGCCCUGUGGCAAUCUCUCUGGAACGCAGCUAGCACCAUCGGUCAGAUCUUUGGAGCUUUCCUUGCUGGACAAUUCGCAGAUUGGGUUGGUCGGAAGGCUGUUCUCUGGACUGCUAUCGCUUUGUCCUUGGCUGCUUCUUUCGCCCUUGUCUUUGCGCCUAGCCUGCCCGUUCUGUUCGUGUCCAAGCUCCUACUUGGCCUCUCCGUCGGCCUUUCGACUGUCACUCCUCCCCUUUAUGUCACCGAGAACGCGCCAGCUGCUCUCCGAAGCUCCCUCAGCUCUCUCACCAACGUUAUCAUUGUCCUCGGAUUCUUCCUCUCAUCCAUCACUGGUUGGGGCUCCUCCAAGAUUCCAGGCGAGUGGAGCUUCAGACUUGCCUUUGUCAUGACAUUCCUCGUGCCAACGCUGUUUGCUAUCGGUCUUCCCUUCCUGCCCGAAUCCCCUAUCUGGUACGUCAAGAAGGGCCGAGACGACGACGCGCGAAAGGCCAUCAUCAAGCUGUACGGUGACUCAAUCGAUGUGGAGGAGAGACUCAACUUCAUCAAGUCCGAACUGGAAGUCGCCGCUGGCGAGGCCUCAAUGGCGAAGCAGACCAGCUGGAGGGCCAUCUUCUCUAAGGAGCAUCGAUCCAGAACUCUCGUUGCUGUUAUGGGAUUGCAAUCACAGAACUUCUCUGGUGGUUACUUUGCGAACACCUACCAGACCUACUACUUCGAGCUCAUCGGUCAAGCCGAUCCCUUCGGUCUCACUGCCAUUUCUUCGACACUCCAAUUCCUCUCCAACUGCUUUGCCGUCACCGUAUCCGAUGUCCUUCCUCGACGAAAAUCUCUUGUUGGGGGUGGUGCACUCCUUUGCUGCUGGUCCAUCAUCAUCGCUGGAGCCUCGAUGGCUGGUACAGCCAACCAUGCCGCCAAUACUGCUCUUCUUACAUUUAUGAUCACAUGGUCGAUGCUGUACACUGCUACUGUCGGUUGCUUCGGCUGGGCUGUCGCUCAGGAGACUGCUUCUCAGGCCACCCGUCCCAAGACCAUUGCUUUCAGUCUUGUGUGCCAGCAGCUUACAGCCCUUAUGCUGUCCUCUGUGUUCCCAUACUUCAUCAACCCCGAUCAGCUGAACUGGGGCGGAAAGGUCAUGUUCCUGUUCGUCGGAGCUGAGGUUUUCAUUCUUGCUGCUUUGUUUUGGUUCCAGCCUGAGACCAAGAACAGGACAUACCACGAUAUUGAUUGCCUGUAUGCCAGUGGUGUUCCUCCCAGAAAGUUCUCCGAGUUUGUGGUCAACAACGGCACUGUCGUUCAGAGGCCUCAAGCUUGA